CAGCUUUGUUCAGUCGUCUGCUCACCUAGCUCUGGGUGCGUCCUGGCGGUGCAACCCGGAGCGGGUGCCAGCAGCAGCAGCCGCCGCCGCCAUGGUGUCUCCGGUCACUGUGGUGAAGAGCGAGGGGCCCAAGCUGGUGCCCUUCUUUAAGGCUACCUGUGUGUAUUUCGUGCUCUGGCUGCCCUCCUCCAGCCCAUCCUGGUUCAGCGCCCUUAUCAAGUGCCUGCCCAUCUUCUGCCUCUGGCUUUUUCUUCUGGCCCAUGGCUUUCGAUUCCUGCUGGCCCACCCCAGUGCCUCCCUCAUCUUUGCGGGACUCGUCUUCUCCGCUGUGGGCGAUGCCUUCCUCAUCUGGCAGGACUCCGGAUACUUUGAACAUGGUCUCCUGAUGUUUGCUGUGGCACACAUACUCUAUGCCUUGGCCUUUGGCAUGCGGCCGCUGGCUCUUCGGACAGGCCUGGUGAUCGGAGUGCUGUCAGGCCUGUGCUAUGCCCUCCUCUACCCGAGGCUGUCAGGUGCUUUCACCUACCUAGUGGGGGUCUACGUGACCCUUAUCAGCUUCAUGGGCUGGAGGGCUAUGGCAGGGCUGCGGCUGGGUGGGGCAGCCUGGCGGUGGACAGAGCUGGCAGCCGGUGUCGGCGCUCUGCUUUUCAUCCUCUCCGACCUGACCAUCGCCCUCAACAAGUUCUGCUUCCCCGUGCCCUACUCCCGAGCCCUCAUCAUGUCCACUUAUUAUGCUGCUCAGAUGUUCAUCGCCCUGUCGGCCGUCGAGAGCCGGGAGCCGGUGGAAGACUACAGGCUGAGCAAGGCCGCCUGAGGGGACUCGGGUCUGCUCAGCUUUCUCCUGCGGCUGGGGCCCAGAUUUUGGGAGUGUGCAGGCCCUGGAUCAGCAGGCAGCUUCUGGGAAAGGUGGCAGGCUUGAAGGGGGAGGGAGGGUAGGCUGAAGGAGCUCCUGGGAAAGCUGGUAGUCCAGGAUGACCCAGAGAGCUCAAAGAUGCAGCCUCAUAUCCCUCACCUGAUCAGAGGUAGACAUCCCCUCACCCCAUCAGGACUAGCAAAGCCCUCCUGGAAGGUGAUGGUGCUUUUUGACCCCUCUGUUUUUUCUAGAUGCAAGAGUGUGGCUAUCUCUUAUGUCCAGGACCAAUGGCAAUGUCAGGCCCCUCCAUUCCCACCUUUUCUCCUCCAAUAUGACCCACGGACAAGCAGGCUUGAAAAGCUCUUUCCCCAGGCUCCCCAACUGGGAAGACUGGUUGAAGGUGGAGUCUUGUCUUCUGUGUCCAGCCUUGUGGCUUGAAGUCUUUUAAGUGGUGAAUGGGUGUCCAUGAGAAGUAGUAGAGGGCACUUUGUUGGACUGGAAGCUUGAGGGUACCAUGGUUUCAGAUGGGUCAUUUUUCUCUCACCCUCGUUCCAUCACCCUCAGCCUCUGUCCCCAGGGCUAGGGUGGACCAUGCCAAAGGAAGGGGCCAGUCUCCAGCUAUAUGACUUUGUCCUGCUGUCUGCAAAAGACUUAAAGUGGCAGGCCUCAGAGAGCUCCUGAGGGGUGCUUAACCUGGCUGGGAGCUGGGGCCCUCCCCUAGCCCACCAACAAUGCUUUCUUCCUGCUCUGGGAGUGAGUUCUAAAUGACACUUUAGGGUCUUAAGACCCGAGGCACAGUCAAUGCAAGCGGAGUAAGGAUGGGGUAACUCCAUCCUCUACUGCCCAUGUGAAAAAAAUAAAAUUAAAUUAAAACCCAA